AGACUUCCCUUGACACUCCGAUAAACUCACCUUUGUCCUUUUUUGAGACCCAUUUCAUCUCACCCACGCCAACUCCAUUGCAGACUGCUGAAACACACAGAGCCAUAAGAAGUGAGAACACAGCGCUAUCCUGGGAAAUUACCCUGUCGACAGACGGCACAUUGAGACUUCGUUAGCACAACCACCCAACCUAGUGCCUCUCCAGCCUGAUCGAACGGAGCAACUCUCCAUGACAGGGCAUGGUGUAUGUUGUGUGGGAGCCACAAGACGCAAGCAUGGAGUGCACAGGAUUCAUGCUGUUUGUGUGGUGAAGGGAGUGUUGAAUUCAUGCUGUGAGACUCAGAGAUCAUCUCUGCUCUUCCCUGGAAGCCUCUGAUGCGGAUAUUUGGCCGUAUUUAUUCGAGCCCGAUUAUAGGGCCGGAGAGAGGCUGCGGCUGCAGGAAAUGGCCAGCGGGGACCCUCCGGAACCUGAGCUGCUGAAGAAAACACAGAACGGUGGUGACUUUGCUCAAAUUGCCCUCCUAUGCCAACAAACACAGAAUCAUUCUACUGCAAUGAAUGUCAGCGUGGGCAGUUUUUGUUGGAUGAUGUCAUCGACGGCAACCCCCCCGAGAGAGCCUGUCUAUGUGUUACUAUGAAAGUUUUCCUCCUCCCAUGGACAGAGGUGUGCCGGAGACCUUCUUCAGGAUGCCGAAGAUAAACUGGAAAAAACAACCAAGACCAGCAGGGCUGAGAGGGCAGAUGACCACUGGGUUCAGGUGACCCCCUUGUAACCGCCGCCACCAACAUUUCUCAUAUGCACACCUUCCUUCACUCUUCAGUCUCCGCUACUGCCUCUCUCCCUCUCUUCAUCUGUUUGCCUCUGUCUUAGACUAAGGAGUGAGAGAAGGGGGAGUCCCAUUGGCAUUCUUUAACAUCUCCGCUGCUCACUGGUGUUCAGAGAGCCAUCUGUAGAUCAGGAAGACGAAAAGACGCUGCUGAGCCUCGGCGUCACUCAACAGAUUGCCGAAGGUCAGGUGUCAGCGGUGAAAUGGACUUCUUUUCAGCAUGGAUUGUGUCUCCUUCAGCUCUACCCUUUCUCUGUCUCAUCUGGGGCACGCAGGCCCAGCAGGCCUUCAGGUCUGAGCCCAGGAACCUCACUGUGCGGAUGGGAGCCACAGCUGUGCUGAGGUGUGAGGUGCUGCGGGCCUCAGGGACUGUGCAGUGGGUGAAAGAUGGCCUCCUCCUGGGACCACAGAGAAGCCUGCCAGGCUUUCCACGCUACAGCAUGAUUGGAAACCCCAAGAGAGGGCAGUAUCAUCUUCAGAUUGAGAAGGCACAACUGGAAGAUGACGCCCUCUACGAAUGUCAAGCGGGCCGGUCUGAGAGCAGUCCGGCAAUCAUUUCCAGUACAGCCUGGGUCGACAUGCUAAUUCCUCUGUCCAAGCCAUACUUUGUGGUGGACAUGGCGACACCUUGGGUGGCGGGGGAGAAGUAUGCCGUCACCUGUAUCGCCCCUGACGCAAAGCCCGAGGCUGAAAUCACACUUUAUAAAGAUGGAGUCGAGCUGACAGGUGCAGAGUCUUUCACCAUGUCUGGCUCAGAGGAUAAGCUCCUGAACACGCAUGCUGAAGUAACGGUCACCGCUCUGAGCUCUGACAACGGGAGGCAGCUGGCGUGUCGUGCAAAGAACCCCGCCCUUUUCCGGCCUGUGGAGACCGCAAUGACCAUGAGUGUGUACUUCCCACCUCAGCCUCCAGUUAUCGUAGGUCUGGAGAGGGAGGAAGUCAAAGCGGGGAGAGUGCUCGUUUUGGAGUGUGUGUCUCAUGGUGGAAACCCCCUAGCCACUCUCCACUGGACCAAGAAUGGAGAAGUUCUGUCCACGACCUGGGAAGUGGACGUUGCGGCGCAGAAGUCCAGCAGUAUCCUCUACCUGAAGAUCGCCCCUGCUGACAACCAGGCGGUGGUGUGCUGUGAGAGUGUCAAUCUGGUGUCCCUGUCACCUCUGUCUCUCAGCCGCCAAAUCACUGUACUCUUUGAGCCUGCGGAGGUGACACUGUUGGGUUCGUUCGUGGCCGUUGAGGGGCAGGACUUGGAUCUGAGCUGCUACGCCACCUCCAGUAAUCCACCUGUCCAGAUUCGCUGGUGGCUGGGUUACAAGGAGCUCAACACCACUGUCGCAACUACGGAAGAGGGAGACAAUGGUGGGAUGACAACCAUGUCCAACAUGACCCACAGGGUCUCCCGGGAGGAGGAUGGGCUCAAACUCACCUGUGAGGCUUUCAACAAGGGAACACACUUCUCCAAGACCCAGGUCGCCACACUCAAUGUCUAUUACCCCCCUCAAAAGGUGUGGCUCGAUACUCCCCCUCAAGAUGUCCCCCUUCGUUCAGGGACCACGGUCCGUCUCAUCUGCUUCUCCACUGGAGGGAAUCCCACUGGGACUCUGACUUGGUUCAAGAAUGGAAAAGCUGUGACUGAUGCACUGAGGCAGACGUCCUUCGAUCGGGGUGUUGCUCGAGAACUGGUCCUGGUCCUGGCGGCAAGUGACAACAUGGCCACCUACCGCUGCGAUGCCACAAAUAAAGCGAAGAAGACCAUCUCUGCCCAGGCUAAGCUCAUGGUUCACUUUCCAGCGUUAAGUAUGAAGAUCUCAACCAAACAGAAGGAGCUACGUCGGGGCCAGACGCUAACUCUGGAGUGCCAGUCGGGAAGCAGUAACCCCAGGGCCGACAUCUCCUGGAGCUUGGGCGCACUCAGGUUCCAGGGAGUGGAGCAGCCGCCCAGGAGGGCUCCGUUUGGUGGUGUGUCGGUGCACAGUUCUCUCUCCAUGAAUCUGAGUUCACAGCAUCACAAGCAGAGGGUCAUUUGCCAGGCCUACAGUCCUGUGCUGGCGGAGGGGGCUAACACAUUCUUCAAACUCAAUGUGCUUUACCCGCCAGAGUUCAGCCCGGAGCAGCCAGCGCGGGUCCAGGUGGUGGAGGAUGACAUGGCAACCAUCCCACUGCUGGUCUCAGCUAACCCAGAGGAGGUCUUCUGCAUUUGGCUGCACCGCCGGGAGAAGCUGGUCAAAGAGGGGGAUCUGCGCUACGACUGGUCAGACGAGAACUCACUGGAGAUCACGAAUGUGACGAGGAGGGAUGCCGGAGUUUACACGGUCGAGUGUUCAAAUGAUGAGGGUGUCAACCAAACCUCCAUCACGCUGGACGUUCAGUAUGCUCCCAGUGUCAAGGCAGAGAAAGAUCCUGUGUUGGUGAACCUGGGGGAAACAGCAGACCUGAUAUGUGUGGCAGAUGCCAACCCCAUUAUAUCCGACAUGUUCUCUUGGAAAUGGCUGGGAGAAGGGGAGGUGGAGAUGGAACAGCAGACCCAGGAAGACGAAUCUGGCCUUCUGACAAUCCAUGAUGUGACUCGGGCUCAUGCUGGUCUUUACCAGUGCACGGCCAAUAACGGCAUAGCAUCCCGUGCCACUGCAGAUGUGCAGCUGGUAGUGCAAUUCAAACCAGAGCUGCAGAAAGGAGCCCAAUGGAGUAAGGUAGCAAGCAGAGGGGAUGGCACCACUACAGCUAAGGUGGUGUGUCAGGCAGAAGGUAUUCCUCAUGUCGACUUCUCUUGGGAAAGAAAUGGUGUACGCAUGGACUUUGCAAACCCCAGGUAUGAGGAGCGGACCGUGAGGGAGGGCUACUUCCACACCAGCACAGUUGGAGUUGUAAAUGUGAGUGCAGCACUGGACUAUGCUGUCUUCAGCUGCACUGCUCGCAACUCACUUGGGGAAGACACGCUAGACAUCCAGCUCGUCAGCACAAAUCACCCAGAUCCUCCUUCGUCGUUUCGUCAAGUCGCCGUCUCCCACGACUCGGUCACGCUGGAGUGGAUCCCCGGCUUCGAUGGGGGUUUGCGGCAAAGAUUCCGCGUGAGAUACCGUUGGGAUCAGUCGGCCAGUUUCCUGUACAUAGACGUUUUUCCUCCCGGAGCAGCAACCUUCACUGUCACCGGCCUGCAGCGUGUCACCACCUACAACUUCUCUGUCAAUGCCCUCAAUGCAAUGGGAGAGGGUGGCUAUGCUGACAACAAUGCAGUACUGACCAUCACCACCGAGGAGAGGCCCGACCUAGAAGAAGUCCCACCAGAUGAUGACUCAGACUCACCGAGUGCGAGUGGACUGCCGGCCUAUUUGACAGCAGUGCUCACGGCUGUGUUUGGAGUCCUGCUGGUGUUUAAUUCACUGGGUUGCUUCUUUGGAUUGAGGUGGAAAAAGAGGCGAGGCCAGACAGGGGGUAGAGGAGGCAGCGUGUCGGAUGGAAAGAAGAAUGAAGAGGAGGGGUCCAGUCAGUCAACUGUAAGCAACACCAAUAAGUACGAGAGCAGAGAAAAGAUCAACGCGGCAGCCCAGCGCACCCUCCUCAUCGACUCUGGAUCUGAAACAGACAGCAACGUCUACGAGAGCUAUGCAGCGGAAAGUUCCCAUUAUUAUUACCCCACCGCCGGUGAUUACAGGCCGCCUUUCAGUCCUCUCCCUGAGGAAACGCGUAGGCUCGAUGUCACCCAUCUCCCUGUGGACACUCACAGCCAUCUGUAUGAGGACGUAAGAGACGGGGAUCUGUACCAGGACAUCCUGGCUUCCCCUCUUCCUUCCCCUCCGUCCUUGUUUGACCACAGAUUGCCUCAUCAAGGGAAUGAGUGGAGAUCACCGUCCUACCCUCAGCAGGCUGCGGAGAGAGUGAGGGAUGUUCAACAACCGCGGAGAGAUUCUGAUCUUCCUUUUGAACUACGAGGUGAAUUAGUCUAGAAAGAGAAGGUCAGAGCAGACAAAUUUGCUCCGACAGGGCUCGUGAUUCAACAGUAGUCAUUGAGUACAGUGUUGUAUAGCAGAUAUUGAAUAGUGACAUUGAAUGUAACUGUCACCAGAGUAUAAUGGAGCUGGAAUGCUUGAUGUAAAAUGUCAGAAUACAGUAUUUCACUUUGAA